UACGUGGAUGACGUCCACGUGACUCGAGACUUUUCGCCUAUGAGGCUAUAACUUAGCAGACAAUUCUCUAGCCUGUAUACUCAACUCCAUUUUCUUCGUCAUGAUUUUACCUAGAGGCUACAUUCGGACGUUGAUAUCCUGGUUGAGGCCCAUAAUUAGGACCACCGCAUUUCGGUCAUAUACGAGCAUCCUCUCUUUCCUCCUACAGGUGUUCCGACGCUGUCAAGCCAUCAUUAAUGGAAAAGAGAGAGUCUUUCGAGAACCAGGUUUAGCGUUGAGCUCUCAGCCGGCACCCAUCAAUCAAAAGAAAUCAACUUCUGUGACGCUUGCAGUGCCAUUGUUUGAACCUCCACCUCGGCAAAGUGACGGGUGGAAUGGCGUAGCUUCCAAUAUCCAGUCUCCUCUGGAUUCUUGUGCGCCAUGCAUAAUUUCUAUGCCCGAGCCCAGUACCACCUCAAGUAUUGUUACGCCAUCGCAUCCUGUGGCGCCAAUACAAUCCUUGGAUAGUAUCACUCUAACUCCCACCACACCUGGACAAAUCAAGCGAUACGAUAGGAUUGAAUUUCAAGGUGAUUAUGCAGUGUACGAGGUUCCGAAAGGUCCUUUAGACUGUUCAGGGGAGCUUGAUCUGGUGUCGGGAUGGGAACCGCUCACGCACCCGGAAGGCGCUUUGUUUUUCUAUCACUCGUAUAAAAGAGUUUUCACUGAUGCUGAUAUUCGAGCCUCUGGAAUGGUAGACAACAUAGGUAAGGCUGUUGAGAAGGCGUACAAAGAAAUAGAAAACGCAGGCUUCGACUUCCAUCCAUCCGUCGAGUUAGUAUUAGAGCUCAUGGAGGGGGAUCGUGAAGAAUGGGGCUAUUACUUUGCCGAUCACGACAGCCGUGUCAUUUUCUGGUUUGAAGCUCACAAAUCUGGUGAUCUCAUUGGUAACGUCCGAGGCGUAAAAUGCAGUGAUCACAUCAGAUAUGCAUUAGAAUCACAGUACUGGCUACACGUUGAACUAUAUCCAAACAAACGCUCCCUUCCAAAGGAUGUUGUUGUGAGACUCAGAGAAAUUGUCAUGUAUACCCAGGCAGACAAUAUCACUUCUGACACAUCCUUAGCGCCUUUUUCUUCGGAAGAGGUUGCAAGUAUGCUUAGCCUUAUGGAUCCUCUCAUGAACAGUGCUGGCAUUGAACAUGAGUAUGCACAUGAGCAUUCUGUGUGGAUUGUCGGUGAGCCUGAGCAUAGAAUGUCGGUUGAUUACCUGAUAUUUUUGCGACUUUCAGCUCGAUUUAUGGGAGAAUUCUGUGAGCUCUGGCUGGUUGGAAGUGCAUCACGCCUCCUGAAUACUUUCAUAGGCAACGUCAAAUUUGUGAAUUUUUGUGGACAGCCGGGCGCCCGGCUUAACGCAGACCAGUCACUGUACGGAGAUCCCAACACCCGCUCGAACGCCCUUCUUCGCGUCAUGAAUUUCAUACUUUUUGGAUCCCCUAAUGCUUAUAACAAGGCUGUUCAAAAGAUAUGGGUCGAUUCUACCAUCGUUCAGCCGCGGUGGAAGAAUUUUAUCAACAGACUCAACAGUGAAUGGAAUGGAUACACAAUAUUCUCCACUGUGAUGCUUGCUGUGGAUAUCAGCUUUCUUGCGGUACCACCCGUCCAGACUCAAAAUGCUGCGAUUCUCGUCUCCUAUAUGUCUACCCUCUGUGCUAUGGGUUCGUUAGUGGUCUCACUAGUCUUAGCUGGACAAGUCAAUGACAGCCGGCGAGAUUCCGCUAAAAGCGUGGUAAGUUCUCUUUUCGAUUGUUUGGCCUACAUUCUUUACAUUCAGGCCUCGUUUAUGGGAAGGAUGUCGAGUUCUGUGCUCGGCCUCGAGAGCCUUGCCCUCAUGCUCAGCCUACCGUAUGCUCUUCUGAUUUGGGGAAUGGUAUUCUUUGCUGCAGCGUUGUCUAUCGUGAUUUUCCAUACUUCUGGUGUCGUCACCAUCUCGAUUAUAUCUCCUAUUUGGGUCGCUAUUCUUAUUCUAGCGACAUGGCCAGUACUGGCUUCUAAUGAUGUUCACGUUUCUGGCCUGUUCCCCUGGAUCACAAAACAGAUCAAGUCGCAUCCCAUGCCUUCGUGGACCGCUACCAGGUCUCGCGUCGAAUCUGAUGUAUAAUUUGUCGUGAUUUUGCGUAACAUGUACGGUUGUAUCUGAUAUUUUGGUUGUUUUGUGUGAUACCUGACUUGUCGACAUCACUCAUAUUGUUGGUUUGC